AUUCUCUCUCUGCGUCGACAACACUCCAACACAUACAUAGCCAUUAUCCCACCCCGUCUUCCACGAACACAAUCCAAUUCUAGAUCCUCACAGCCACACAUAUCCAUCUUAUCAAACCGCAUAACAUCCCCGCAGCAAUGGACGCAACGGACGACGUGAUGAACACCGUCAGCGAGUUCAUCUACUUCCGCGUGGAACCCACCGUGAAGCCCGAAGACCCCAACAGCGACGAGGGUUACGCCCUGCUCCGGGUUUUCGAAGCUGCCAAAGCGCAAUGUGCGUAUCGGAGCUCGGCGUGGGGUCGCUCCGUGGAGGAUGAGAGCGUGAUUGUUUGGGUUGUUGAAUGGACCGACAUCUACGCCGGCACAAACUUAACCUACCUCAAACCCUUCGUCCCCCCCGACACGCACAUCCAAGCCGUCUACGCAACAGUGACCCCCCCAAUCCACACAACCGGGACCCUAACCGACAACCCCGUAACGGAGCUGUGCGCUCUCGCCUUCGAAAGCGGCCUGCCCCCCGCGCAGCAAACCAAGCUCAGCUGCAACCUGGUGCACUUCCGCUCGACGCUGACGGGGUCGUCGGCGCUACCGGAGGGCCAGCGCCCGACGUCUUGGACGAUGGGGUAUGUGGAGAGGCCCGGGACGGUUCCCAUGGAGAAGAGUCCGACGGGCAAGGCGCUGGUGUAUUUGCUUGUUGUGGGGUGGCCUAGUGUCGAGGCGCAUUUGGAGGCUAAGAAGACGGAGGCGUUUGCGGAGGGGAUUAAGCCUAUUAGGGAGGCUAUGUUGGGGACAGCGCCGGGGUUGGGGAUGAUGCAUGUUUCUUUUAGGAAGGUUUAGUUUUUUUUUUUUUAGUUUUUUUUUGGGGGGG